AUGGUUUCCUUGCGAUUCUGGCUGUGUAGCCUUUUGGCCCUGCCGCUGGCUCUAGCUGGUCAUGGAGGGAGAAUUCCCAGGAGUUACAUUAUCGAAUUAUCUGAUUCUCAAACCUCUGCCGACAAGUUCGUCACCAACUUAAAUCGCCAUGGCAUCGCCAUCAAGCUCGACCGCGAUUUAUCCUUUUCCCUCUUCCACGGCGGCUCAUUCAGCCUCUCUGAAAACACGCAUGAAGCGGCUACCGUCAAAAGAAUCUCAUCCAUGUCCAUCGUGAAGAGCAUCUCGCCUGUUCGCGAACUCCACCGCCCUCAACGCCAAGUUUCUACCGUUGGCGAUGGACUUUUCGAGCGUGAUGCCCAACUGAGGAAGCGGGCAUCUCCCGAAGACGUCUACUACCCCCAUGUCAUGACUGGUGUAGAUAAACUUCACAAGCAGGGAUAUUUCGGAACGGGGCUCCGUGUUGCAGUAGUAGAUUCUGGCAUUGACUACAAACAUCCUGCGCUGGGAGGGUGCUUCGGCAAAGGCUGUCGAGUAGAGUUCGGGUAUAACCUGGUUGACAAGACGGACGAUCCGUACGACAACUGCGACGGCCAUGGAACUCAUGUUUCCGGCCUCCUCGCCGCGCAGGCUAACAACCCGUACAACUUUACUGGUGUGGCUCCCAACGUGACUCUCGGGCACUACAAAGUCAUGAAAUGCCACGGCAGCUCUAGCACAGCCAUGAUCCUCGAAGCUUUCAAGAGGGCAUUUGAAGAUAAGGCAGAUAUAAUCACCGCGUCUCUCGGCCUAUACAGCGGCUGGGCAGAAGAACCAUGGGGUCUCCUCAUCGAAAAGAUUGUCAAGGCUGGCGUUCCCUGUACCGUUGCCGUCGGAAAUGACGGGCAGUCAGGCAUGUUUCUCUCCUCCAAUGGCAUCGAUAACCCUGCCGGCACGGGAGUCGGCUCCUUUAACAACUUGUACACGCCCAUGAUACUGUCAAGAGGGACAUAUAGCCUGGGCAACGGGUCAACCAGUGAAUUCGGCUGGUCCAUCUCCGGACAGUCAGAUUUCGCCAACGGCACAUACCAGCUCUACCCCUUGAGCCUGAACUCCUCUAUCGUAGGGGAUGGCUGCACAUCCUGGGCAGCCAAAACAGAUCUCUCCCGCAAAAUAGUCCUCAUCCGCCGCGGAGGGUGCAAUUUCCAAAUCAAGCAGGAUAAUGCCGCCAAAGCGGGUGCCAAGAACAUCCUCUUCUACAAUGAUCGUCCUGGCGUAGACGCCUUUGAAUACAAGAUGCCUGGCCUCGUGGGUAUAGGUAUGGUGCCCGCCAGCACGGGAGCGAAAUGGAUAUCUGCCGCUGCAACAUCCAACAUCACUCUCCAUAUGGUCAGCAAUAAGUACGCCAAGACUAUUUACAGCAACGAAGUUAACAAACAAGCCGGCGGCCAAGUAAGCGACUUUACAGAAUGGGGACCGAGCAAUCAACUCAUGCCCGUGACAACCAUCUCCGCCCCCGGAGGAUUCAUGCUGUCUACAUACCCUCUCGCACUGGGAGGCUACGCCGUCGAAUCAGGAACAUCCAUGGCAACGCCAUACAUGGCCGGCUGUAUAGCCCUUAUGCUUGAGGCGCGAGGGAAGAUCUCCCCUGCUACCAUUAAGGCCCUCUUCGCAGCUACAUCUACGCCUAAUGUAUUUCACGACGGCGUGUCAGCAUCUCCGUAUCUCGCGUCCGUGGCACAGCAAGGCGCCGGCUUAAUUAAUGCUUACAACGCCGUUCACGAAACCACCCUCCUCAACGUGAGCAGUAUCCCGUUCAACGAUACUGAACAUCUCGCCCCGGCGUGGAUCCAAAUCAGCAACACCGGCAACGUCACCAAACUGUACACGCUGGGCCAUACCAGCGCAGCAACAGUAUACACCCUCUCUAAUAACCAGACCGUCCCACAGACCAUCAACACCGGCUCCUUUAUGGACAGAAACACCAAAUACGCCUCCAUCCAGUUCAGCAAACGCAUCAUCCGCCUCAGCCCCGGCAAAUCCACCGUUGUUAAAAUCACCGCCUCGCCACCUCUAGGUCUAAAAGCCGCAAGAAUCCCCAUCUACAGCGGAUUUAUUACUCUCAACGGCACGACUGAUUCACUCUCCAUUCCGUACCUCGGCGCCGCGACCUCCAUGCGCAAUGUGACCAUCCUGGACAAGACGGCCAACUACCUCGCCUCCAGUGCUACCAAGAAGCGCGUCAAGUCAAACGAUCUCUUCGUGCUGCCUAGCCCGAAUGAAACGGCAGGUGCGCAAAAUACGAGUAAUCCCGUGUUUAAUGUGCGGCUUUCGAUGGGCACGGCGCUCCUCCGCGUGGAUGUCAAGGCGAAUGGCUCUGUGGUGGGACAAGUCGCUGGGUUUCCAAAGACAUAUCUCCCGCGGAGUGUGGACUCUAUCGGGGUUCGACCUGUGCGGUGGACGGGCCAGUUGGCUGAGGGGGGGUUUGUCCCUGCCGGGACGUAUUCUUUGGUUGUAAGGGCGCUUAAGAUUUUUGGGGAUCCGGAUGUUAUUGCGGAUUAUGAUGUUGUUGAGUCGGAGAGGUUUCGGGUUGUGUAUGCGGGGGAGAAGAAGGUGAAGCGAGUUGUGCGGGUGUAG